UGCCGUAGAAACAAAACCAAACCAAAAAAAAAUAAAAUUUUAAGUUAAAAACCAAACCAAAGGCUCUGUUUUCGGUUUGGUUUUUAGUUUUUUCGAGUUUCAGUUUCGUUUUCGUUUUCGUUUCCCCGUCUGUUCUCUUCUGUUUCUGUUCCUGUUGUUUCCACCUUAAAAAAAAAAAGAUCAGGAUUUUCUGCUGUUUCUAUAAUUUUUUUUCCUAUUAAAUUCAGGACUUGAAAAUAAUCUCAUCAUCGUCUGCAAUUUUUUCACAUCGAUCGACGCCGACCGGAGAAAAAUAAAACGAGAAACAAAUAACCUCCGGUUAUCGAAUUAACGAGGAACCAAAGCAAAGCAGACAGAAAAAGAGACGAAACCAUGGGUUCUGAACAGAAUGAAGGAACCAGCUUUCCACCAUCCGAGCCCAAACUUUGCGCCAACGGCUGCGGGUUUUUUGGCACGGCGGCGAAUAUGAACCUCUGCUCCAAGUGUUACCGAGACCUCCGGGCCGGGGAGGAGCAAGCUGCCAAGGCAAAAGCUGCCAUGGAGAAAUCCCUCAGUGUCAAAACGAAGCAGGAAGAUGUGGUUGUGGAGACGAUAUUGGAUGUUAAGCCUGUCGAGGAGCUGCCUCAUGUGGGUUCCUCAUCGACGGCGGUUGAGCAACCGGCUGUUGUUGCUGCUGGUAACGAACAGGCGGAGCCAAAGGUGUCCAACAGGUGCUUUAUAUGCAGAAAGAAGGUUAGGUUGACUGGGUUUAAGUGCAGGUGCGGGAGUACAUUCUGUGGCGAGCACCGGUACCCGGAAAAACACGAGUGCUUGUUUGAUUUCAAGGGUGCUGGACGGGAUGCCAUUGCCAAGGCAAAUCCUGUUGUUAAAGCUGACAAGGUGGAGAGGUUCUGAAAAGGGACUUGGGAGUCUUGGAGGCAGUUUGCGUGAGUCGGUGUUCUUGAAUGGAUUUGCCUUUUCUUUCUUGCCCUUUUGGCUUUUGGAGGGUUCUAUUAGAUUUAGGGUUAGUGGAAAAAUUGCGGGGUGUUUUAAUGUUCUUGCUAGUGUUUGUGGGGGUGGGGAUGGUUGGACGGUAUUGGGGCGGCUUAGGAUGAUUCCAUAAUAAAAAUGGAUCAAUGAAUGUUUAGCUUUCAUUUUGCUUUUUAAUGUU